UGCACAACACUGACAUCUAGCGGGGAAAUAUGGUAACUUCGUUCGUGACAUGUUUUACUCUUCUAUGAAUGAAGAAUAAAAAUAUGACUCACAUGUUUGCUUUUAUUCUUCAGAUUAUCUCAAAUAAUUUUGAUUUUUUUUUUUUUAGCCACAUACAAUUUUUAAAGUUUUUAUUUUAUUUUAUUUUUAUUAAUUAAACUGUGUGACAUGAUAUACUUUUAGGUCAGGUACAUAAUAUUUUAAAUUAAUUGGUGUGUGCUUUAAUUGAAUUCCUGACUGCUUCUUGACUAACUGGGAUUCGCGCGCUGAUUGGUGUUUCUAUGGACGUUGUUGCCAUGUUACGCUUUAGCGUCAAACAGGAGCGCAUCUCUGUUUUUCUCCUCAACCCAGGAGAAAAAUGGACGACAACUUUCAACUUGAUUACGGUGGAGCGUCCAAAAACGUUGCUAAAUCAGGACGAAGAGCUCGUCCUCAGGCAAACCAAUCGUCAUUUGAGGAUUCUCGCCAUGGAAGGAAGUCAUCCACCUCUGCAUCAUUAGAAGGCCCCCCUCCAAAGCCAGCGCGGCGACAGGGUGGCUGGGCAGAAGAAAGCUCUGGAUCGGGUUCUGCCAAAUCUUCUAGAAGACAUGCAGAGAACUUAGAGGACCAUCGCCUGCGACCACAAACCCCCAAAGGAUCAGAUGAUGAAGGAGAUAUUCCUGUGAUUCCGGACCUUGAUGAAGUGCAGGAAGAAGAUCUGACGAUGCAGGUCGCUGUUCCACCAAGUAUCCAUGUGAGCCAGGUGAUGACCUACAGAGAUCUGGACAACGAUCUCAAGCACUAUUCUGCUUUCCAAACUUUAGACGGAGAAAUCGACUUGAAGCUUCUCACUAAGGUUUUAGCUCCAGAGCAGGAGGUAAAAGAGGAUGAUGUGAGCUGGGACUGGGAUCAUCUGUUUACAGAGGUGUCCUCGGAGCUGCUGAUUGAAUGGGAUCAAGGAGAGAGUGGCGAGCCAGGCCUGAAGUGACUUUGGAUUCUUUAAUUAAAGUUUUUUCUUCUUUACAAAGAGUUGUAUUUUUAUACAUGUUUUAACUGUUUUGUUACCUUUUUCAUUGUCACUUUUUGUGUAUAUUAACCCCUGUGAAAAUAGCAGUCACAGAUAAACAUGCCCUCUCUGUACUGACAACAUUAUCAACAUACAAGUCCAAGGUUGAUAAUGAGCUAAGCUGAAAUCCACUUGAUUGUGUUUAAAUUAACAUUCCUCAUUAAAGCCUACAACCUUA